GGACCAGUCGACGAGAGAACCUCCGGAAGACAGAUAGGAGGCGAUUCCCGUGGUCGCCCUACGAUGCGCAGGUGCGUCGUAGCUGUUAAAAGAGCCACCACACAGAAGAUAGCACCUCUGUCGCGGUUGGCACUCCUCAUCCUCCUCAAGUUUAGGAGAAUGAUAACACUGUUGGUGACAAUGUCAUUGACUAUGUUGACAGAAUCAAUGUGGGAUUUUGGGAAAGUGUCAGGGAGCCGGGCGGAUCGAUUUGUCUUGGCUUUCACGCUGACUUUUUCCACUUCCUCCUCGUCAUGUUAUCAUGAACAUGUCAGUGUGCUUGCUACACGUGGGCUUAAUCCACACGUACAUCUACAACCGGAAAUUCAGCGGUACGAGAGGUGGUGUGACGAUAGCCGGUACUGAAAGCUGGCGAUAACGUCGGCAGCUGUCAUAGCUGUCGGUGAAUGGACGAUGGGGUUCAAGGCGGGACAUCCUGUACGGUCUUGGAAAAAAAAAAUCGAGGGUGUGACAUUCGAUUUCUGGUUGAUAAUGGAUUAAGAGGAUUGGCAGAACAGCUCGAAAAAUUGCAGAAUUUUUCGCGGAAAAAAUUACGGAAGUUUCUGGAAAAAUUCGUGACGUUUUUUUUUUGCUGAGCUUUCAUGUAUUGUUUUGAAAAAUAUUUUUGUAGUUCAGUGGAACUUCCGGGGGAAAUCUCGUGACACCCGAUUUCUGAUGAAAAAUCGAUUAAAAGGAUUUUACCCCCAUCAAUUGCAUUACCGAACUCCCUAGUAAACUCUUCUGCUCUUGCCAGUGUAACAGCGUGGAUUUACAUCCCCGGUAUUUGAAAAAAACCUCGUAAAAACAGACCGGCAAUUUCCAAAAGAGCCUCCCCACCACCAUCAAAACAAACAACGAUGGGAAUAUAAACGAGUAACUGGGUGUAUAGGUUGCCAGGCUGCACCCGACAGCUCGAAUGAAUUAUUUCCCCGAUCCUACGAUGUUCCAUAACUGCCUACACGCUCGUCGCGUAAUACAAAUGCAUCGGCCGGAUGACUGAUUUCUACGGGGGGAGGGACAAAAAAAAAAUGCUGGCGAAAACUAAAAAAAACAAGCGCCGAAGGAAAAACAUUGUGACUAGAGUGAAAAAAUAACGGAAGCACCGAGUGUAAUAGAGAAUAACGCGACGAGCGAGAGUAGCGGUGUGAAAAUUGCAUUAAAUCCGGAAUAAUGCCCCAUGGAAAUAUUUCGCCGUAGCCACGUUCGGACUGCGAUUAUAUGCGGAGUGCGUGCCAAACCGUAAAAAAGUAAUUGCACAAAAAUUACAUUGGAUGAGCUUCAUAUUCCAUUUCUCUGCAGGAAGCCCCGGAAAUAGAGGGAUUCGUCGGGGGAAAAAAAUCAUGACAAAACGGAUAAAAAAAAAGGAGGGAAAAAUAUUAGGAUGAAAAAAAAAAUAAUGUCCACGGUGGUUGGCGCAGUUGCAACGAGAGAGAGUUUAUAUUGAAAUAAAAUAUGACUGGCAGUGCGUUCAACCGCAGGGGAUGAAAUCUACUAGUCACUGUCCGACCAGUGUGGAUUGAAACUACUGGAACUGCCGCCCUACAGCCGCUUUCCAAUCCCUCCGACUAACGUUCAAUGUAACAUAUUCGUUCGGUAAAUGGUGGGAGGGAAGGGAGGGGGAGAAUGGGAGCCAGUGGUAUUCCUUCAUUACUUUUUUCCAUUAGUCGAAAAAAUACUUUCACAAAUCCGGUUAUUUUACGAGUCUGUAAAAUUUUACGCUCUCCAACAUUUUUCAGAGUUUAUUCGACAUUCGGAAGUUUUAAAUACCUCGAGUUAGAUGUGAAUGACUAUUCGCGAAUGAAAAUGUAUACAGUAGAUUUUUUAAAUUUUAUUUCGCCAGUCGAAGGGGUGUUAGUACGUCUAAAAAUCAUGAUAUUCAUGUAAUUGAUGGAUAAAAUAAUUGCUAGUAUUAUUUUUAAUAUAACAUAAAAAUAUGACUUCCGUGCAAAGUCCUUUUUUUCCGUACGUGAUCACGAAAGAAAUAUUGAGUAGUAAAUUUUAAUGAAAAAGCCGUUUAACCUCGUCGUUAUUAUAAAUAAUAACUCGAUUUCAUCCCACUAUCCGUGAUUUCGCGAGUAUUUCGGCGUAAAAUCCGGUGUUAAUCCUCUUCCAGUUAUUCUCAUCGAAAUUUGCAUUUGUAUCACCCGAAUAUAUCCGGAAUAUCAUCAGAUUGUCAAUUAAAAAGCCCACAAAUAAAUCCACAGUAAUGAACUUUCGUCAAAUUAAUCCUGCACUCUCGCCCGGCUGAAAGUAUCCAUUAGUAAUUUACUAAAGCGAUGAGUGAAUUAAACUGAACAAAUCAUCCCUCACGUUUCAUAAAAUUCCCCGAGUAACAAAUGACCCACCAACUUACCCUACUCUGAAAAUAAGACAGCCCUUCAGAAUGACAGCAUUAAUUAAUGGCCCAACGGUUUCUUAUUUUAAUUACUCGCACACUUGUAGAUAUUUGUGAGCCGUUGGUGAAGAUGCUGAGGACUAAUUAAUUCUCCGUUCAAAUCCCGGAGAACAGAGUUGAGUAACAGACGUAAUUAAGAACAUUUUGGGAGAGAAAAUCGUGGGAGAAUUAUUGAGAAAUUCGUGGUUGUUAUAAAUAAAGUUUGGGGAGGGGGAUGAAGGCCCUAGGGGGCUAUGCAAGGGACUGCAUAUUUUGCAUAUGUUCCUGGGGAUAAUUUACCUUCAAAAUUCAAUGUAAAAUAUUUUUUUCCUCACUAAUCGUCUGCUAAAUUAAUCAUCCCCCGAGGUAGCGCUCUCUCCACCGGAUUUCCUAAUCUCCCUCUCCCACCCCCAGCCCCAUCAAUCCCUUCAUUGUCUUCCACCAGCAAAAGCCCUCGUCUACUUAAUUCAUUCAUCCGAUUCCGACUGUCGAACAGUGUGUGUCCGAUAGCCGGUUAUUAUGGGACUAUUUGUAACAGCGCCAGCACCAGCCGGCGCUGUACCCCAAAAGGGCGCCCUCUUCUGGCCGUCACAGAGCCGAGAGUCCCUUUAUUUGAAUAUUGCUACGUGACCGUGAUGAAUGCGGGUACCUCUGCUCCACAUUCACGUACAUUUUCCACAUAUGCAAGCAUGCAGGCUGGCCAACUCAAUAAUCCAAAGCGAGAGUCUAGGCUCACCUAUGCGAUUUGCGACAGUCAAUAAACCUCUGUGUAUUCCCCGUGGCUCUCUUCUGCGGGGACAACACAAACGUAUAACUGUAUAAACCUGGCUAUGAAAUGGGAUGGGUUUGAAUGCUGGGGUAUUGCCGGCACUAUGCGGGUCACGGGGAAAGAGGAAAGGAAAAAAACUUGUCGACUGCUGUUGACCAUACGCGCUAACUCACACUCUGACGCCGUCAAAUAAUGGACAUUUUCGAAGCUCAGGAUGUCGGGGGAAGGGGGGGGAGGGGUGAUGAUGAUGGCGUGGAAGUAUUUAAAAAUUUUCAUGACACAUUUUUGCGGAAAAUAUUUUCCCAGUUCCUCUAGAUUUUUUUACAAUAAAAAAUCACUGCUUUUCCGAUAUUUUCAUUUUCCUUCGAUUUUUUUUCACCACCUCCACCGCAAAAUUGACUUAACCUCUGACUAGAUUUUCCGCACUUUAGAUUGAUCUCUCCUCCGUGUUUACAGUGGUUGACUCAAGAGUUGCAGCGGUUGACAUUCGCUAAAAGAAUAUUUUUUUACAUUGAAAAGUCCCCUCGGGCAAUCUCUCCUCUUCCGCCGUCAUCCUGAGCCGGGUAAGAAGCCUGACGUGUCGGUGAGUCUGUGACUUUCAUAACCCAGUGUAAAGUCCAUCCCCCUCUUCGUGUUUGGACGGGAGAAAGAAUUUUUGCCCAGAGGGCUUGAACCCUGUGAUUACCCGGCGUUCUCGCAUGCCACGCGGUUAAAGCACUCGAGCCCUUGUCUCCUUCAUCUGUCCACCCGGCCCUCUUGCGGGAGACAACUCGUGCCCUGAGCCACCUCGCAGGGGGAAAAAAUGUAAAUAAUAAAGACGGGGGAAAAUGGAAAAAGUGGAUGUAGCUGUCAUGCAGAGUGCCCUCAGGCCGCGUUUUACCGUACUCCACUCUUGAGAAAUCUUUUAAAACCACAGCCCCAAGCCACGAGGAAAAUUCCAUCGAUUUUUUUUCAUCCACAAGGUGAAAAAUAAAGAAAAAUUAAAA